UAUUAUUAUUGUGUGUUUGGUAAGAAGCAAACUACGUCUAUAUAAUAUGGAAGUCCAAGUAUCGUGUAUGGUCAAUGGUCGCCGCAACAUACGGCUGUGAAGUUUCCAAACUUCUUCCAUUGAAUUUCCAGCUUCAUCAUGAAAUUUAUGUGAAAUGCUCUGAAAUGUUAAAAAAAAAAAAAAAAAUAUAGGUACACGUAGUGGCUAAGCACCAUCUUCUACUGAUAGUUCAAAUUUCAGCAGCACUUUUUCUUCCACAACCCCCCAACACACACAACAACCCCCCCUCCCCCCCGCCCCCGCGUAAUGCAUCAACCAUCAGCGAUCGUUUUCACUACAAUCUUAACGCUUUCAAUGCUCUCAACCCUUUCGAGUGCAGAUCCUCUGUACACAUUCUGUCCAACCAAUUACGGAAAUUAUACUCCUAAUAGCCAAUUUGAAAAUAACCUCAAAAGCGUUCUUAAUGCAUUAUCUUCAAGUCCUAUCCUUACCGAUUCUCUUCCAGGAUUCUCCAACACCUCCAUUAUAGAUAGCUCUGACAGUAGUGUUUAUGGACAAGCACUUUGUAGAGGGGAUAUUGACUUCAAGGCUUGUAAAGUUUGCAUCCAAAGUGCAAGUCAAGAGAUCUUAAACACUUGCAAGACCAAAGAUGGAAUCAUUUGGUAUGAACAUUGUCAGGUGCGCUACUCCUUCGGGAUUUUCUCUUCUUUGAUAGAUAACAGCGGCAAGUUUCCGGAUCAUAAUAAGCUGGAGAAGAAUGUAUCAAAUCCAGAUCGAUUUGAGGAGGUUUUGAUGGAUUUAAUGAACACCCUCUCGAACCAGACCGUGUCGGAUCCUUCUGAGCGAAUGUUUGCUAUAGGGGAAACCAAGUUUUCGGACACGGAAACAAUUUAUGGUCUGUCACAGUGCACCAGGGACCUCUCUCCAGAUUCCUGCGACAACUGCUUGCAAGAAACCUUGGGAGAUCUUCAGUCAUGCUGCUCUUCUAGGGAAGGUGGUAUUGUUCUUAGCAAGGGCUGUAACGUGAGGUUUGAGCUCUACAGAUUUCACAACUUGGCUUCAAAAAAAGGGUUUAAAUGGAAGAUUUGGACGGUGCUGUUGGUUAUAUGCGCAUCAACUGUGGUAGCAGCCAUUAUAUUUGGGUGUUUUGCUGCAUAUCUCCGGUCGAACCGAUUACAAAAAGAUGAUAAAAGCCAGCAAGCUUUGAUGCAUGAUUUAGCAAGCUCAACGGCUGUCACAAUUACACAAGAUGGAAAUUUUGUGAGUUCUGAGGAACUGCAGUUCGUGGAUCUGAGUACUAUACAAGUGGCUACGGACAACUUUGCAGAUUCAAAUAAGAUAGGACAAGGUGGUUUUGGCACUGUUUACAAGGGUGUGCUAGCUGAUGGGAAGGAAGUAGCUGUCAAAAGACUAUCAAGGAAGUCGCGGCAGGGCUUAGAGGAACUUAAAAACGAGGUCAUACUUAUUGCAAAACUUCAACACCGGAACCUAGUAAGGCUCUUGGGAUGUUGCAUCGAGGGAAAUGAAAAGCUGCUGUUGUAUGAGUACAUGCCUAACGGAAGCCUUGAUAUUUUCAUCUUCGACUCAGAAAGGCGGUCUCAACUUGAUUGGCUGACAUACUACAACAUUAUUUGUGGAAUCGCCAGAGGACUUCUUUAUCUUCAUGAGGACUCUCGGCAUAAAAUAAUUCACAGGGAUCUUAAGCCCAACAAUGUGUUAUUAGACAAUGAAAUGGUUGCCAAAAUAUCAGAUUUUGGGAUGGCAAGGAUAUUUGGUGAAAACCAGAACACAGCUAACACUAAAAGAGUAGUAGGCACAUAUGGAUACAUGGCUCCGGAAUAUGCAAUGGAGGGCCUAUUCUCCAUAAAAUCUGAUGUUUUUAGCUUUGGUGUAAUCUUACUUGAGAUAAUUAGUGGUAAAAAGAAUAGCGGAUUUUACCUCACAGGACAUGCACAGACUCUUCUUGCAUAUGUUUGGCGAUUAUGGACAGAUGGAAAAGAAUUGGAAUGUGUAGACCCUCUGCUGAUAGGAUCGAGCCCAAUAGAAGAGGUUGUGAGAUGCAUACAUAUUGGACUUUUGUGUGUCCAAGAAGAUCCAGCAGACAGACCCACCAUGUCGGAUGUGGUUGUGUUACUAGGAAAUGAAUCUUUAUCUUUAUCUCUUCCUCAGCCAAGACAGCCAGCAAUUGCCGUGGGUAGAGUUGUUCCAGUUGAUCAGACUGAUACAAACCCUUCUCUGAAUGGCCUCACUGUUUCCAACAUUUUACCACGCUGACAAUGUUUAUACUCUGCUUUCUCAUGUAGUGAGGUUUUAUAAUGAAAGUGCCUUAUGUAUUACAUAUCAGCAUAAAAUGUUGCAUAAGUGUAUGGGGUACAAUGUUAACAAUGCAUCUCGGAGAAAGUCAAUCGCAA